AUGAUACAUGUUGUUGAGGAAAAUUUUGAUGGUAAUCCUGCUAUGUUUGAGACCUUGUUAAGUGAUUCUGAGAAGCCUUUGUACAACGGUGGUGGUUGGAGUGAUGCAAGUUUUACUCUGUUACUUGAAGCGGUGAAAGACAGCUUCCAGGAUAAUGUUCUUCCAGGUUGUACUUAUGAGGCAACAAAGAUAUUAUCUACUAUGGGAUUGCGCUACGAGAAGAUCCAUGCUUGCCCUAAUGAUUGCAUUCUAUAUCUUAAUGAGUUUCGACGCAUGUUUUCAAAUCCAGGGGAUGCAGAGAAGUUAACAUGGCAUCAUAAUGGUCGUACUAUGGAUUGGUUAAUGAGACACCCAACUGAUUCCCCGCAGUGGAGGUUUAUUGAUGAAACGUUUCCUGAUUUAAGAAAGAUGAACGUAACCUACGCCUUGCACUAUCUACGGAUGCCUGGAAAUGACAUUGACAUUUACUUGCAACCUCUUAUUGAUGAUUUGAAGAUUCUGUGGGAGAGAGUGUUGAGAUUAUCCAGCAUAUGGAAAUCUUUCGGGGUAUACCGUGAAAGGGAAGCACCUUGUCCCCUAUGCGAGGAUGGUUUCAAGGGAAUACGACUAAAAGCAUCAAAAAAGAAUGUUUUUUUCGGACAUCGUCCAUUUUUGCCAUUUGAUCAUAUUUAUCGAUGGAGAAAGAAGGCAUUUGAUGGGAAACAAAUGUUUGAAAGACGUCCAAAUAAGGUGUUAACGAGUGAAGAUGUGUUUGCAAAGAUAAAAGAUAUGCAGAUCACAUUUGGGAAAGGAAACAAAAAAGAACUGCCAACACAGGGCUAUAAGAAGUGUUCUAAUUUGUGGAGCUUGCCUUAUUGGAGACUCUUAUUUGUUAGACAUUCUUUACAUAUAAUGCAUAUCGAAAAGAAUGUAUGUGAUAGUCUUAUUGGUACCUUACUGAAUAUCCCUGGAAAGACAAAAGACGACCCUAAUGCUAGAGAUGACUUGAAGGAAAUGAAUAUUAGAACUGAACUUCAUCCCAUUUUGAAAGGAUCUAGAAAUUUUUUACCCCCAGCUGCUUAUACACUGUCAAGAAAGGAGAAAAUUCAGUUUUGUGAGUGUUUGGCUGGAGUGAAAGUGCCUCAGGGUUACUCUUCAAACUUCAGUAGUCUUGUUUCUAUGCAAAACUUGAAACUUAUGGGCCUAAAAUCUCAUGAUUGCCAUGUUUUAAUGCAACAAUUGUUACCAUUUGUAAUUCGUGGUAUUGUGCCUAAAAAUGUUCGAGUUGUCAUAACUAGGUUAUGUUCUUUUUUUAAUGCAAUCUACAGCAAAGUCAUUGAUCCUAACGACUUGGAUGAUUUAGAAAGUCAAAUUGUUGUGAUUUUGUGCCAAUUGGAAAUGUACUUCCCUCCAUCAUUUUUGAUGUCAUGA